GGCUCUUUUGAACAGGAAUCAGGAAGGUAUCAAACAGAAUCCCAUGUGGGUACUGUCUCUUGAUCUGUUUCCUGAAUUAGUGUUGAUUUAAUUCUUUUGUUAAUCGAGGCGCAAUUUUAUAAAUUAAUUCAAAGCCUGACCAUCCUGGUCAGACUAUAGUGACUGGAUUUGCUUGUCAGGCGUAUAUCGCAAGAAAAACUGGUCACGGAACAUGGCCAAACAUUAAAUCAUGUCUAAAUAGACGGAAAGUUAAAGAAGAUAUGGAUCCAAAUUUAUUUAUUCCUUUUUGGAAUAGAAAAGAUCUUCCUUCCCCUGAGAUGAUUUCUGUUAAACUGACUUCUAAUGAGCCUUAUAAAACUAGUGGUGCACUGUCACAAUUUCUUUUGAAUAUUAUCUCAACUUUAACAAAGUACAAUCUGCAAAUUCAAAAACAUCGUGCUUAUCUAAAAAGGUUGGCUUAUAGGAUGAAAAAGGUUUUUCGCAAUGACAAAGGUUUCAAACUGAUGCAGAUGUUAAACAAAGCAUUGUUGAAUUAUGACACUCAGGCAUUUGUUGAAAACAUAAGGCAAGUGCAAUUCUGUGCACGGGAUGAUAAAGGCCCAAGUAAGCAAAUGGUCCAGUGGCUUUCAAUUAAUUUUCAACGGAACUCAGCACUAUUGUACAGAAUUUACACUCUCAUAAUAAAAUCAGCUUUUUUCUUUAAAGAACGAUUCUAUUCCGGCUUUCAUUGGAAUGUUGCUGCAAUAGUUGUUGCCAUUAUGAGUAAAUUAUGGAAACUUUCAAAACAAAUUAUUACAAAAAUUUCUGAAUGGAAUAGCGUUUUAAUUGAUUUUCUCCCUGAAUUGAAAUUUGUUGGCGAUAAAUGGUUACCGGUUGGUCAUAAAAUCCACAAAGAUCUGGUCAGGUGGCUUGGUAAUCCACAGGAGUUGCAAACUAUACAACAACCUGCUGCUUUAGACAUAGCAACUAACCUGACUUCUGAAGAGUCAACAAAGUCUGAACCAGCGAAAACUGAGAUUGAAAAUGUGACUAGCUGUUUAUUUUUCAACGAAGAUGUUGGAGAAUGCCUAGAAGAUAAUACCUGUAAGAACACCCAAGACUUUUUGGAUUUCCUCCAAUCUGAAAAAGAAAAAAGGGUCGCAGACAGAGCGAAUGCAAAGUCUAAAAGUCUCACAAAUAAACAAUGGAAGAAGUUCUGCCAAGAUGUGAAGAAGGCAGUGAGUGUGCUGGGCCAGUUAGAGGAAUCGUCGGCUCAGUACAAAACAGUUUUAGACAGUACAAAUAAAAUAAUUGAUAAUCAACCCGACUCCCAUGGUGUUUUGUAAACAAGUCUGCCUAAUUUUAAUGGAUACUAUUCAAGAAAUUAUCAACUCUGAGAAAUCUGAUUUAAAAGAUGUGUUUGAGUUUUUUA